AUGUCCAACACUAGCCCGCUCGAGCCUUGCCCACCCGAUGGUGUCGUCGCUGCUAGACCUUUCACCCUCCGAGAGCCGCUUCACGAUUCUGACCUCUCGAAGCAAUUGCACUUGGACAUUGACGAUCAUGACGACUCUCCCAGAGUCUCGUCCCGUGCCGAAUCCAAGGAGACAGAGACAGCAGCAGACACGGAUUCGGAUGGUGUAGACGAGAUAUCCGAUCGACAUCUCCCGCCCCGUCCUGAGCUUCAGGAGCUAGUCCAAGCAGCGGAGCUCAACUUCUCAGAGAAGCGAGACUCGCGUGUGUUGUUCUCUGCCUCCGAUGAAGACACCCAAGACGCGAGCAAGCCUCAAGAUACCAGUCAAUCCAUCUACAUGGUCGAUGAAGAUAUUCAACUACACCUUCGCUUCUAUCGCAGACGGAUGUUCAUGAUGGUUCUGUGGUAUACCCUUUGCAUCGUCACCGCAGGCAUCUGGUUCAUCGUCGACAAUUGGGCCAACAACAAGUUCUGGAUUCGUUGGAACGCCGUCCCAACAAGCUUGAAGAGCCAAAAAAAGAACAGCGACAAGCUCAUUCGAAUCAAGAGCAAGCAUGGAGAGCUUGACAUUGUAUCUCUCAAGCGUGUUGACUUCUCAACGCCGCUGUCUUUGGCAAAGGCGUUCCCGCCUAGCCUUCAUGAGCCUCAUACGUCGCCUCAAGAUGCAGCUGCUGCCGCUACUGGAAAGAUUGCAGUUCAUCAAGCUUUUGGCGCCGCUACAAGGAUUAGUAAGGAAGGACCGCUGAGCUACAUCGAUGUGCUCGAGUAUCGUGCCACCACAUUCCUUCUACACCCCGUCUCUGGCAAGUUCUAUCUCCUUGCUUCCUGGCGUGAUCCCUCUUGGGCUUCAGCAGUAGGAGCAGAAGACAGUCUCGCUUCGUCAGGCCUCCCACGCGAGGCGGUUCAGGAGAGGCAAGCUCUCUUCGGCGAAAACCAAGUUUCAGUCCAGGGCAGGUCAGUGGCCAACAUCAUGAUCGAGGAGGUGCUACAUCCCUUUUACAUCUUUCAAAUCUAUUCAAUCGUGUUAUGGUGCAACGAUGAGUACGUUCCGUAUGCCAUCGUCAUCGGAGUUGUGUCUAUCAUUGGUAUAGUGGCAACUACUGUCACUACGAAGGCUGCUAUCGAGAAAUUGAAGAAGAUGAGUCGUUUCAACUGCGACGUGUCGGUUCUUCGCACGUCCGCCGCAAGAGUGGCUUCAGAUGUGGACGAAAAGCAAGUCACCGCAGACACGGCAAGCUCAGAGAACAAGCAACCCGCCAGCCCAACCAUGGCAGCCACCUCAAGCUGGCCCAGGAACAACAGCGAGCAGUUGGUUCCCGGCGACAUCAUCGAUCUUGGCGCGUUGUACAUCGACGCAACAGCUUCCAACAACGGGCACAGACUCAUUGAGACGCUACCUUGCGAUGUAGUGCUGCUCGAGGGUGAUUGCAUCGUCAAUGAGGCAAUGUUAACAGGAGAAUCUGUACCCGUCGUCAAAGCUCCGAUCUCCAAAGCUGACCUGGCUGGUGUUCUGGCCUCUGGUCAAGAUCUUGCCCGUCUUGACAAGAACAUCCUGUAUUCUGGCACAAAGCUCGUCCGUGUGCGACCCGGAGCUUCCAAGGCCACAAGAGCUCUUGUGAUUCGCACAGGUUUCUCGACUGCCAAAGGAUCCCUCGUACGGCAGAUGCUGUUCCCUCGACCGAUCAGCCACAAGUUCUACAGAGAUGCCUUCUACUUCAUCGGCAACCUUUUCGUCAUUGCAGCGAUUGGCAUGGUUGCUACCAUUAUCUACUUCAAAAUCAUUGGUGUCAGCGGUGAAGAGAUCGCUCUACGUUCACUCGAUGUGCUUACGAUUGCGGUGCCCCCUGCUCUGCCAGCAACAUUGUCCAUCUGCGUCACCUUUUCAAUUGCUAGGCUCAAGCGUGGGCAAAUUUUCUGCCUUAGUCCACAGCGUAUCAACGUCGCCGGCAUGGUCAACAUGUUUGUGUUUGAUAAGACCGGCACCUUGACAGAGGAGGGCUUGGACGUGCUCGGUAUUCGAAUGGUCAAAGAUGGCAGGUUCACGGACCUCGUUCAGCAAGAAGAGCAAGAUCGAUUGGAGGAGAAGUCUCUUGUGGAGGAGAAGGGCAUUUGCGAGCUUGACCUGAUCGAGGCCAUGGCAACAGCUCACGACCUGAACUUGUUGGACGGCAAACCCAUUGGAGAGCCUCUUGAGGUCAAGAUGCUUGAAUGGACCGGCCGAACGCUUCAGGACGAUGCCGCAUUGGCUCCGGUCCGCUUGUCAACGGAGCUGUCAGGAGCUGCCAAGGACGGCAAUGCCGAAUCUGAGGCUGUCCAGGACCGCCAACCAUUGACCAAAGAUGGUCUCCUGGCUCGAGUGCCUGUCAUCCUCUCACGUGGAAAGGCUCUGUCUCUGGCUGUCGUUCGCACGUUCGAAUUCACUGCAUCACUCCGUCGCAUGAGUGUCAUUGUCAAGCGUGAGAACGAGGUCUCUGCUCAGAUUUACUGCAAGGGUGCUGCAGAGUCGAUCAGUACUCUAUGCGAUCCCGCUUCGUUGCCAUCCGACUACGAUGCCAUCCUUGAUCUCUGCACACGUGCGGGUUUCCGUGUCUUGGCUGUUGCUGGCAAGACAAUAGAUGCCUUGGGAUGGCAAGGAGCGCAGAACCUCACCCGUCAUCAAGCCGAAAGCGAGCUGCAAUUCUUGGGUCUAAUCAUCUUCGAGAACAAGCUCAAGGCUGCCACAACCGCUUCCAUUGCCACGAUCCGUGACGAUGCCAGGUUACCCAUCAAGAUGUGUACUGGAGACUCGGUGCUGACCGCAGUCUCGGUUGCCAAGGAGUGUGGCAUCCUCUCCGCCAAUGCUCACGUCUACACACCAAGGAUUGCCCACAAAACCCUUGAGGAAGGCUCUGAAACAGUCGUCGAGUGGAUCAGUGUGGACCAUGAAGAAGACAGGCUCGAUACCUACACCCUUGACCCUCUUCCUCGCAAGGGCUCAAGUGCAGCCAGCGCAAGCAAGUUGAAGAACGUCGACCUUGCAGUUUCUGGCGAGAUCUUGCGGAUCUUGCUAGAGACGUGCUCUGCUGAGACGAUGGCCCGUAUCCUCAUCCACUGUAAGGUAUUUGCUCGUUUCUCACCAGAGCAGAAGCAAGAGCUUGUCGAGCAGCUUCAAGCGCUUGGCUAUGUCGUUGCAAUGACGGGCGAUGGUGCUAAUGAUUGUGGAGCGCUUAAGUCGGCGGAUGUAGGACUGAGUCUAUCGGAAGCAGAGGCAUCGGUAGCAGCGCCAUUUACGUCGAAGCUCAAGGAUAUCUCAGCCGUCAUCCACCUGAUCAGGGAGGGAAGGUCGACACUUUCGGUUUCUUUUGCAAUGUUCCUCUUCAUGAGCAACUACAGUCUUGCUGAGUACUACACAGUGCUUUUGUUAUAUGGAAAAGCGACGUCUCUGGACAACGCAGAGUAUCUCAUGAUCGAUAUCUUCUGCAUCUUGCCAGUUGCCAUUGGUCUGGCCAACUCGAAACCAGCGGGAAAGCUGUUCAGGAUCCCGCCCGAGUUAAGGUUGUCCUCCUUAAGGCCAAUUGUGUCGAUGCUUGGUCAAGUCAUUCUGGGCUUCAUCGCUCAAACCGUCGUCUACGUUGUCCUGCACAGCAAGUCUUGGUAUGAGCCUCCCGAGUUUGACCCAGAGAACCUGACGCUUAACGACAUGGACAACACCGCCCUCUUUCGCACUUCGAUCUUCUCCUACAUCAUCGCAGGAUUCGCAUACUCGCUCGGACCCCCUCAUCGUCAGCUGUUAUGCUUCAACUGGCUGCUGGCUUCAACGCUGGCAAUCCUUUCUAUCUUCGCCUUCUACUUCCUGUUCCUGACAGGUGGACCUUUCUUCACCCUCUUUGGUUUCGUAGAGAUGCCAAAGUCCUUCUCCUGGGUUAUCUUUGGCGUUGUCGUUGCUCAAUUUGUCGUUGGUAUGGUCUUUGAGCACACCCUGGUGCCAACGAUUGCCAGAUUCGUGGCCAAACCUUUCAACGCAGCAAGAAGACGACUCGGUGGAAAGAGCCAGAAGCCAUACAAGGCCGUAGAGAAGGCUAUCUACUCAUGA